UAUCUGAUACUCAGUCCAUGGUCAUAUUUAGAUUAGGAUGAUGAGGAUUAUAGGUUGUUAUUAUUAGACCAAUUAUUAUUGUCCAGCUUGGUGUCCAACGACGCCACGCACGCGCCGCACGUUACGUAAUCUUCGAUGCUGUUGGUGCGCCUUUAAGUUUUUUUUAUGUCACACAAACAAGUCAGCCAUUUUUCUAAAGGAAUGUUUUUGACAAAACCUACGCAAGGCUUUCGCGUAGUUGUUCAAAUCACAUGAGGCCAAUGUUCAACCAGUCGAAAUCCCAAUAACUCCCAAGUUCAAGUUGUGAGGAUGAAUGAGGACGCAUUUGAAGUUCCAGAAGGAAACGAGUACCGUUAUCUGGUACAGGAAGAAGGGGAAGAGGAGAUCCAGUACUGCAGAAGAAGAAACUACGUCAAUCCUUUACUUGUGCUCUCCCGAAAGUGCAUAGUCCUAAUUUCACUCGGUGUGGCCUCUCUGCUUUUUCUGGCUGGCUACCUUGCCUAUGUGGCCCAAACCCUACCCCAUGGUCUGGUGGAUGUGGAAACCGCGUGUGGGUGGCUGCGGGGGCAAUGGAAGCAUGAUGCUUACUCUUUCAAAGGCAUUCCAUAUGCAGUGCCACCCCUGGGCAAAAGGCGUUGGCAACCCCCAGCCGACCUUCAAAAGGAGGGCAAAUGCUGGAGCGGGGUCCGAGAUGCCACACACUUCCGCAGCAUGUGUGCACAGGUGAGGCCUCUCACCAAGGAUGGGAAGGUGAUGGGGCAGGAGGAUUGCCUGCACUUGAGUGUGUGGACGCCCAGUCUGAAUCCACCUGCUCCGCUACCUGUCAUGGUGUGGAUUCAUGGUGGUUACCUACACAUGCUCAGUGGGCAGGAGCAAGGCUACUCCCCUACAGAGAAACUGGCUGCUCAAACACAAGCAGUGUAUGUGAGUUUCAACUACAGGCUCAAUGCGUUUGGAUUCAUGGCCCUGGAGAUGCUCAGAGAAGGGUCGCCCCACAACACCUCAGGGAAUUAUGGCUUCAUGGACCAAAUUGCAGCCCUGAACUGGGUUCAGAAAAACAUUGGCGUCUUUGGAGGAGACCCGGGGAAAGUUACCAUAUUUGGUCAAAGCUCAGGUGGAACCUCAGUUUGGGCUCUGAUGGUGUCGCCACUGGCCAAGGGUCUUUUCCAUCGUGCCAUUGACAUGAGUGGCUCCUAUAUCUUUGAUGCCUCGCUAGAGUCAGCAGAGAAGGACAACCUGGAGUUCUUGAGGAGGACAGAAUGCAAAGAUGCAGUCUGUCUGAGAGGAUUGACCAUAGGUCAGGUUCUCAAGGCUAUCCCAUGGCAGGACUACCCCUCCUGGGCAGCGGAUGACCUGGUCGAUCUUCCAGUCAAGGGGAAGUCUGUCGGCCCUGUGGCAGUUGUGGAUGGUCAAGUCAUAACUGGCCCACCCUUCAAGGUCUGGGAGAGUGGCGAAGGCUUCAAUGAUAUUCCUUUCCUUGUGGGCACCACAGAACAGGAGAUAGAUUUCAGCCCACCUUAUGAUAACAUCAGUACGUGGAAAUGGGAAGAUUACAGUUGGCAUGUCACAAAUAAACUGACCCCAUUUGGUGAAAAUCUGACUGCUGAGGCCCUCCGCCUCUACCCCAGCAAGGCGCCCUGCCCCACCUCCACUCGCUGCCCUGAGAGGCUCUACACCACCAUGGUAUCAGACAUGAGGGUCACUUGCCCCAAUAAUGACCUUGCCAAGAGAGCAGCAGAUGCACUGAAGAGCCCUGUGUAUCGCUACCUGGUGAAUUACACUCCAUCUCGGCAAGCCAACAUUUCGGAUUUUCCCUUCCCGGCUCGUUUCUCUUUCCACCUGUUGGAUAGCCUGGCAUUUUUUGGAGGACUAGAAGCUGCCCUGGGAGAGUUGGCCCCAUCAGACAUAGCUUUUCAGGAGCUGGUUACCCACUACUUCCUUCACUUUGCCAGAGAGGGCAAGAUGCCCAAAGAAUGGACAAAAUUCCCAGAAGGCACCGCUCUGUUGAACCAAAACUUCUCUGUGGCCCACAGCCCCUCAGCUGAGCACUGUAAACUGUGGGAAGAGAAUGGCUUCUUUUCUUACGCAUGGAUAAACUGAUGAUAUACGUUUCACAGCCAAAGUUUUGAAGUCCAGCUGCUUACCGUUAAACUCUUCAGGUAACACCGGCCUGGAUAAAUGAGAAUCUUCACAAACACCGCUUAAGUAUUUCUGAAGUGAUGGCGAAAGGAAAGGUUAACUGCAUAGCCUAAUCUCCCAAUUAAGUGCUGGUGUGUUGAAUGGAUGCAAAUGUUUGAGAUGAAAAUAAUCUUUCUAGUGUCUGAAAGUGAUCUUGUGUUUGAGAGUAUAGUGAAGUUUAUGGUGUGUUUCGAGAGUCAGGAAAUUAUGGAAAUGUUGGUCAAGUCAGCUGUUUGCACUUAGUAGGAAAUAUAAGGGAUGAUGACCAUUACAGAAUUAAUAUAUGAAGAGAUUGUAGCGAAGGUGUGUGAGGCUUUUUGCAUGUGAGGGAGCCUGUGCAAACAAAUUUUACGGAGCGCUUCUACUGUCAGGGAUUUUAUAUGGUAUUUCAUACACAGCUCUUUAAGGACCACUGAUUGGACAAGGUGUCCAACUUACUAAAGGGAUUAUCCUUUUUUUUAAAGUGUUUUUGUUUUGUAUAUUUUAGCAUGGCGAUGCCGUAUUUCCUGUGCACUUCAUAUUGCAGCCAAUGAGAGAAGAUUUUAAUAUGACCCGUUUUGAAACAGAAAUCAAAGCCUCAAGCUUCUGAUGUUUGCGCUUUCUCCUCUUCAUGCUGUAAACCACUGGUCAAGGAAAGUACGGUAACCUUCACUCUGCUUUAAUUAUUGUGAGGUAAUGAAAAGGCUUCAUUGAAGAAGAGAUGCAUGAAAGAGCUUGGAAUUAACCUUUAGGUCAGUCAAAUCAAAGCUCUUCUGGGUCUUUUCUAUUGUGUCUCCCUGAGCCAUGUCGAGGUCAAUGCAAGCUGUGCUCAUAUGUUGCACAUUGAGCUACAGCUCCACUACAAUGCCUUACUAAUUAUUUUCCCACCACUUUCAUGUUUUUGUAUUUUUAUAAUAAAGUGUCACGAUGCCUGUGUUGAUUGUUUUGACCUCACUUCUAAAUGUGUAAAUGCUUACUCAGGUUAUUGACAAAACACAUGAAAUUUUGUGGAGAAGGAUUUUUUUUAUUGACAAAUCUAUUCAUGUUGGUUUUGACAGCUUUACAAUAAAUACUUAAAAUGUUAAA